ACAACUAAUCCGACAGUCUGCCGGUGAAUUUAAGUGUUGUUAAACCAUUUUUUCUUUUCUUACUUAGUAAAAAAAACCUUUGUGUUAUAAAUUUUUGUAGGAAAACUGUUUUUUUUUAUAUAUUAGAAUAUCAUUAUUGUCUUUUGAUACGUUGCUCAGGAAUAUACUUCAGGCGUUACAAUAUGGAGUUCCGAUUUGUAUCAUGUAUUAUCGUCGGUUUUGUUCUACUCCUACUUACUCACAGAAGCGCGGCCGUUAAAUGCUUCGAGUGCAAUAGCGCCAAUAAUUCCGCCUGUCUGGAUCUGAACCUUCCCAGGAUGCACUCCAUCGUCCCUGUCGUGGACUGCGGGAAGACCUUGCCUCACGUGUUGAGCAAGCAAUUCUUUUGCCGGAAGAUCACGCAGACAAUUCUCCACCCAGAACAAACGCCAGAGGUCCGAAUAACAAGAAGUUGCGGCUGGAUCAAACACAAGCGGGCAUGUUAUACGGCAGACAAUAAAGACCAUUUAGAGACCGUGUGCCAAUGCUUCGGUGAUAUGUGCAAUUCCGCGUCCACAAUAACAAACGUCAAAGUUGCGUUUUUGACAGCUACCGUCGCCAUAUUGACUGUUUGUCGAAAUUGGCGGGAACGUAAUGUGAUUUAAAUCGAUUUAUUGUAUUGAAUAAAGCUUGUUUUCUACAA